UUUUUCUUUUUGCUUGAAAUGCAAGACAUUCAUUCGGUCGGAGGCGCGCGAUUCUUCGCGGCGGGCGGUGGCGGGGACCGGCGGCUGAGGCCACACCACCACCACCAGAAUCCACAAGCGGCGCUCAAGUGUCCGCGCUGUGACUCGCUCAACACCAAAUUCUGCUACUACAACAACUACAACCUGUCUCAGCCUCGCCACUUCUGCAAGAACUGCCGUCGCUACUGGACCAAAGGCGGCGUCCUCCGCAACGUCCCUGUCGGCGGAGGCUGCCGGAAGACGAAGCGAUCGAAACCUAAGGCUUCUUCGGCUACAUCCGCGGUGGCGGCGACGGCGAAUUCGACUCCGCCUCCUCCGCCUUCGCAGGACCGGAAAUCGAACUCUCACUCCAGCAGCGAAAGCUCCAGCCUCACCGCCGCCACGAACACAACGGCGACCGCGACGGAGGCGGUUUCAGCGCCGUCGGCGAGCGCGGGUUCGAAUUUGAUGAAGAUGCAUCAGGAAUCGAAAUUCUUCGUGGCUCAGAGCUCGCCAAACCCUAGCUUCGAGGCUCCUCCUUCGGCGCCGCCUUCGUUGCUCGAGCAAGCCGGCUCCGAUUGCGGAAUUUUCUCGGAGAUUGGGAGCUUCACUAGCUUGAUCGCUUCGUCGGCCACCGGAGCAAUGCCUAAUUUCGAUUACGGCUCGAUCUCCGACGUCUCGAUCUCGCCGUUCAGGUUGAAUCAGAAUCAUCAUCAUCAGCAUCAUCAACAUCAGGCUCAGCAGAGCCAGUCGUGGCACGAGCAAAGCCAGAAGGUGACGAUGAGCGUCGCUGAUGAUCAGGAAUUGAAGAUGCAGGAGAUCACGGGUGGAUUACUCGAUCAGACGGUUCAGGUUGAUUUGUCAGUCUUGCAUGAUAGCCGAUCCAACGGCGCAGGUUUCGGAUCGUUAGGAGACUGGCAACAGUGCGGUGAUCAAGCUCUUUUUGAUCUCCCUAACACUGUUGAUCAAUCGUACUGGAGUCAGAGUCAAUGGACCGAUCAAGACCACCCUAGUCUCUAUCCUCCGUAAAUCUCUCACCUUUUUUUAACUAUUUGAAAAAAAAAAAAAAAAAAAAGCUCUCGACAUUGCAAACCAAACAAAAGAAAUAAAAAAAAUCAGUGAGUUCCUUUUUUUUUUUUUAAAUCUAAGAAAAGAUUAUGAAUAUGACUUUUCUUAUUGCA